UGACAGUCACUGACUGACAGUUACAGUUACAGCUCUCAAAAAAUUGGUGAUCAGUGAAACACAUCGACAAACAACCGGAACAAUCUGGAAUUUGAUGAGCGAUUCGCCAAGUGUCCUAAAGGCGCUCCGCAAAUACAGCUACUCUCUGCAGGUAUUUGGAGUUGCCCUCGCAUUCGUGAUUGUCUCCAUUCUGUUGCUCCUAAUUGUUGGUGAAUUGCGCGAUGAAGUUGACGAUGCCAGCAGAGUGACUGCCAUGGUGCUCUUCAUACUUGGCCUAAUCAGCUUCAAUGUCUAUGUGAAUGUCCUUAAACUACGUCGUAUGUUUCCAGUGAACUGGAUUUGCUGCUGCUCCAUUGCUUUGCUCCUGGCCUUGGGCCAUGCCUGCCUGCUGGGCGCCCAGGAUGGCGAUGAUCUUGUCUGGGCAGUCGAAGUAUUGGCACUAAUGUGCCUCUAUAUUCUGCUGGGACUGUGGCUGCCACCACAGUGUUCGCCCCUGCUCUACAUUGCUACAUGGUUCAUUGUCGUCGUUGUGGUGACCUCCUGCUUUAUUGUUGUACAUCAAUACAAUUGCGACGAUUGCGAUACGCCAGCUGGCAUUAUUCAUGGCUUGAUGGUGGUGGUCAUGUGCCCUGUGAUGAUCUUCCAGGCACAAGUUCUUCACGGCCAUUUGCAGAGUAUGCGGCCAGUCUUGGAUAUUCCAUUGUGCUCGGUUGUUUUGCUGAUCGAUUUCUUGGCCUGCUACAUUUAUCUCACCAGUAUGGAUGACAUAAUAAUGUCCUCUGAUCUGCUCUCCUCUUCCAACAGGAAACUUAUUCGCGAUGCGUCCUCGUUUUACUAGCCAUAUAUUUCUAGUUAUCUAAAUUAAGCAGUAUACAAAUUUUCGUUUUUUUCUUUUGCAAUCAAAAUUUAUAAAUCAAACAUAAUUGUAAACAUGUCUUUUUCA